GAAGUCACCCAAGGCUGUCCAGGGAGCUGGGGGUGGGGCUGUUUCUGGAACCUAAACACACAUACCACCUCCCCUUCCUCUGACCCAAUGAGGUCUCGAGCUGGAAACCACAAACCCUCACUCACCCCACAGGAGCCAGCGUCUGGCUUCCCUCUGGCCACGUGCUGCAGACCCGGAGUGGGUGGUUAGUUGGUUAAUGCCAGUCUUCCUCCCCCGGACACGGAGUUCUGCCGACAGCCCCCGCCCCCGUCAGAGCUCUACCUUAUACCGCUGGGAGUGGAGCUGGUGUGGAGCCUGGAGGUCACCCGCUGCCCUCCCAGGGCUGCUCCGGACAGCAUUAAGACCCUGCAGGGCACAGGUGAGACUAAUAGCUGGGAGAGCUGCUCCAGGCAUUUAGGACCUGGGACAGGUGAGUCAGCCCAGUGGGGGCAGGGCUCCUGGAACAAGGAUCUACAGCUGGAGUUGCCCCACCCUCAUGUCACCUGGAGAAAAACUGGACCCAAUUCCCGACAGCUUCAUUCUGCAACCGCCAGUCUUCCACCCGGUGGUUCCUUAUGUCACGACAAUUUUUGGAGGCCUGCAUGCAGGCAAGAUGGUGAUGCUGCAAGGAGUGGUCCCUCUAGAUGCACACAGACUCCCCACGAUGCGGUGUUGAGUGUCAUUGGUAGUGGUCAAGUACCAAGAGGACCAAGAAGCUGCCAUGCUCAGUUCCAGGCUGCCCUGGGCCUACAUGGCAGCAAGAAAGCUCUACAGUGCCUGGCUCCAAAGAGGGCACUGCUGUCAUAGUCAUGGCAAGCACUUAGAGAGCACCUGCUGUAUACCAGGAACUGUUCUAAGCCCUUUAAAGGUGAGUGUGAAUGGACAGCACUUUCUCCACUUCCGCUACCAGCUCCCACUGUCUCAUGUGGACACGCUGGGCAUAUUUGGUGACAUUCUGGUAGAGGCUGUUGGAUUCCUGAACAUCAAUCCAUUCGUGGAGGGCAGCAGAGAGUACCCAGCUGGACACCCUUUCCUGCUGAUGAGCCCCAGGCUGGUGAGUGAACCUCCCUCCUGCUCCAUCAGGGCUGGGGGCGCAGUCUGGGAGGUGCCCUGCUCACAUGCUCUUCCCCAGGGUCUCUGGCCCGGGCAGGUCAUCAUAGUGCGGGCACUGGUCUUGCAAGAGCCGAAGCAUUUCACUCUGAGCCUGAGGGACCAGGCUUCCCGUGCUCCUGUGUCACUCAGGGCUUCCUUCACAGACAGAACUCUGGCCUGGAUAUCCCCCUGGGGGCAGAAGAAGCUGAUCUCAGCCCCCUUCCUCUUUUACCCCCAGAGAUUCUUUGAGGUGCUGCUCCUGUGCCAGGAGGGAGGGCUGAAGCUGGCGCUCAAUGGGCAGGGACUGGGGGCCACCAGCGUGAACCAGCAGGCCCUGGAGCAGCUGCGGGAGCUCCGGAUCAGUGGAAGUGUCCAGCUCUACUGUGUCCACUCCUGAGGAGGGUUCCAGGGAAACCCUGACAGAAAACAGGAAGGUCAGCCCACACCCAGGGCCCAGCUCUCCUCCCCUCAUUAAACCGUCCACCUGACACCCCCACAUCAGGCCUGGUUCACUUCUGGGCUCACGGGCCUGAGUCUGCAGGAGCUUUGGGCCUGAGGGAAGGCACAAGGGUGCAAAGGGUCCUCGGACUCUGCACCUUCCUCCACCAGGAGCCUGGGAUUUGGCUCCAUCUGCCUUCAGGGCCUGAGGUGUACUCACAGAGGCAGGUUUUGUAGACUAACAAAGAUACUCCAAAAUACAAUGGCUUAAAGGAU